AUGCUCAUCGCGUUCAUAGCGACGUUCGUGUGCGCUCUCGCCACCGCCAAACAUCAUCAUUAUCACGCGACGCGAGAGCCCAUUUUCAAUUUGCAAGGCGCCGAUGAGCUCGUCGCCGUCGUUCGCGAGGACGAGACGCUCGUCUCGACGGUUCCCGACAUUUCGAUUGUGUCCGAGACGGGACCCGUUUGUCAAUACGUCAUCACGUCCGCCGUCGAUGAGAUCAUCCCGUUCGAUGUGCAAGUGAUUGAUAAGUUCACCGGCGCCGCUGUGAUUCGUGUCAAGGACACCUACUCAUUGGACUGCAAAAAACCGGAGUACGCGCUUCAGAUACAGGCGAUCAAAUGUGGCGACGAAGCGGUGAAGAGCGAGCCGGUGUCGCUGAAAAUCCGCGUCAAAGACACGAACAACAACGCGCCCGAAAUGGAAAGCCCAUGGUACACGUUUCACGUCGAGGAGGGUCGAAUCGUCGACGCAAUCGGCACACUGAAAGCGACGGACAAAGAUUGCGGCCAUCCGAACGGCGAGAUUUGCGAUUUUCAAAUCACCAACGGUUUGAAGGAGUUGCCGUUCGCCGUCGACAUGCACGGCGUUCUACGAACGACGCAGCCAUUGAACUACACGCAGAGCAAAUCGUACAUUCUGACGGUGGUGGCGAUCGAUUGCGCGAUGCGUCGAAGCAAGAACUCGCUGGUGACGGUGCACGUCGACGAGCGAUGCGUCGGCGGCGUCGCGUCGCACACCGACCGCGUCAACUACUACGCCUCGUCGGGCGCCAAACUGCUAAUGCCCGACGCCACCGUGCGAUUCUGCGAGCCCGACAACGUGUGCGAGCCGACGAGCGUCAAAGCGACGAUCGAGGUGCACGCGGGCCACGUGACGCAAGGAUGCGCGCGCGACACCGUCUAUGAUAAUCAGACGAUUCGCACGUGCGGGUUGUCGCCGUCGACGGUCAAACUUCUCGGCGACGACGACAACGAGCCGUCGGAGAACCAUUUGGUAGCCGACGAUGGAAUCGAAUUCGAUGGAACCAAAGGGAUCACAGUGGCCGACAAUGUCUAUCAAGGAUUGAUACCGGAUCGGUUCACGCUGAGCUUCUCGAUGAAGCACGCGGCGGGAAGCAAAGAAGAGCAAAGCAACAAGCAGAACGUGUUGUGCGAGAGCGACGAUUUCGCAAUGAAUCGCCACCAUUUCGCCGUCUACAUCCGCCACUGCAAACUCGAGGUGGUGUUGCGGCGCGAGCACGGCGCGACACUCGAGUUUCGCGCCGCCGAAUGGCGCUGGUCGCUGCCGGAGGUGUGCGACGGCGAAUGGCACAGCUACUCGUUGCUGUUCAACGGCGUCGACGACGUCAACGUGAUUGUCGAUGGCAAGGUGUUCAAAUCGCACGAGAGGAAUCCCGAGAUUCUCGACGACUGGCCGCUUCAUAAGAUGAAGCAGACGAAAACCAAACUCACCAUUGGCGGCUGCUGGCACGGACGGCAGAAGAAGAUCGCGCAAUUCUUCCGCGGACGCCUCUCGUCGAUCUACCUUCUCAGCGGAGGUGUGGAGAGCGAGCGCGCGAUUCAGUGCGCGCACACGUGCCCCGAGCAGCUUCAGUACACCGGACGGGACGAGUUGAAGGACGGACAGAGCGCGACGUUCUCGAUCGAGCAAACGAUGGUGACGCUAAAAGCCGACACGACGAAGGACGUCGAGACGAUGAUUCGACGCGUCGCCUAUGUGAACACACAGGACAAACCGAUUGCCGGCCAUCGUUCGUUCGUCGUCAACACCGAGAUCACGUGUAAGCAGGAGAUGAAGAAGGUCCAACUUCCGCCGGCCAAAGGCUUCAUAUUUGUUCGCGAGGAUGUCGAGCCGACGCUCUCGAUAAGCGCCAGCACGAUUCUCGCCUCGUCGCAGCACAAUGUCAAAGUCGGACAGCCGAUGGUCCCCGACAUUCGAAUCACGAUCAGCAAGACUAAUGAAGAUGGAGAGCUCGUUGACGUCUCGCAAUCGCACAAAAUUGACUAUUGCAAAAUGCACUUGCAGCCGUCUCGUGACAUGGACGUCGAGUACUUCUCAUCGCCGGCGUCUCUGAUUGCCGCGUUGAACAUCGAGUUCGAGCACGACAAAGAUGGCAUCCUUCUACGCGGCGAGGAGAGCGUUCAGGGCUAUCGUGAGGUCCUCUCGAAGGUCCAUUAUUUCAAUACAAGACCCGAGACCUACAACAAACGCGUUUACACCGUUCAGUGUGCCAUGAGCAAAGGCACGAUUCUCAGCAACGAGCUCUAUGUGACGAUGACUGUUGAAGGAUCGACGACAACGACGACGACCAGCACCACGAGCACGGCGGCGCCGGAGCCCGUCUUCAACUUCAACUCGGCCGAAUCGACACUUGACAGUUUGGAGCUCAUCGAGCGCUAUUUCGAGCCGGCGUUUGAUCAAUUGGGCAGCUCGCGACUUCAGAAUAUUCUCGAAAUGGAUUUGCCGCGACCGAAAGCGCUCCUCUCGCAUCACGGCUAUGAUGUUGGCCAGAACGCGUCGGCAGGCUCGGCGGUCGCCGUCGUCGUCGUCAUCUGCGUCGGCUUCCUGCUGAUAUUAUUGGUCGUCGGUGUGCUGAAGAUGCGCGACACGCCGGCGCCACGACGACGAAAAACGAAGCGACAGAGCGACGGCGGUAUGCAUUGGGACGACAGCGGAAUGAACAUCACCGUCAAUCCGCUCGACGACGUUGAGAAGAAUGAGGGACUCGACGAGUACUCGGAAGACGACGAUGAUGACGAUGAUGACGACGAUGAUUCGGACGCCGAGAGCGAGUGCUCCUAUCAUGACGACGAUGUGAGCGAUGAGGAGGACAACUCCGACGUCCUUCCGCACAUGGAUUCGAAUCAGCGCGCCGGCGGGCUUGAAUGGGACGACGAGGACGCGAUGACGACCAACUCGCGCUCGUAUCUCGUCUAA